GUCACGCGCCAACGACGAGUGCGUCGCAGUAGCGCGAGCGCACGCAGGGGGGAUGCAACGCGUGGUGAGCAGCGCACGGUGAGCGGCGCUCGCAGAGUAGCGCGUGGACAAAUGGAGAGCCUGGUGGGGCCGCUCGUCGCCCAGUACCUGUCCAUGGGCCACCAGGGCGAGCGGAGCGGCUCGUGCGGAGACAGCAGCGGAGCAGUGAGCGGGAAGGAGAAGGAGUGCGCCCGGCUGUCUCCAGUAUGCCCGUCCGGUUCUAGAGGCUCACCCCGCCAGCGACCCAAACGUCAGGAGAAACCCAGCCUGGCCCAGAUUACCCAGGUAAAGGUGAUGAUGUCACUGGGGCAGUUCAGCAAGGGGGCCAGCUGGGAAGAGCUGCUCCAGGCCUGCAUUCAGUCAUUUGACGCUGAGGGCAGCCUGUGUCGAAGUAGCCACCUGCUGCACAUCACCUUGACCAUGCACUGUCUUCUCAUGUCCUCCAGCGACCUCCUGCAGAAGCUCAUGACUCUCUUUAAAAAUGCCCUGGAGAAUGACAGUUUAACAGAUUGUCAGAAAAUCUGCUACUUCAUCAGAUAUUGGAUUAGGGAGUUCUGGGCAAUGUUCCGGUUGCACAACAGCCUGGGAGAAACUUUGCAGCAGUUUCAGGAGCUGAUACGUGAACAUGGACAGGAGAGACUGUGCCCCCUUUUGGAGACAAAAUGGAUUAAUGAAAGAGAUUGGUCAUGGAAGGCCAGCCAGAAGAUCAAAGCCAACAGCAGCAAGAAGAGGAAGGUGUCUUUGUUGUUUGACCACCUAGAGCCUGAGGAGUUGGCAGAGCACCUGACUUACCUGGAGUUCAAGUCCUUCUGCAGGAUAUCAUUUGCAGACUACCAGAAUUACAUUCGUAGUGGCUGCAUGAAGGACAACCCUAUGAUGGAGCGCUCUAUUGCCUUGUGCAACGGUAUCUCCCAAUGGGUCCAGCUUAUGGUGCUAAGUCGGCCUACUGCCCAGCUACGUGCCGAAGUCUUCACAAAGUUCAUCCGUGUGGCUCAGAACCUCUACCAAAUACACAACUUCAACACACUCAUGGCUGUGGUGGGGGGACUCUGUCAUAGCUCCAUUUCCAGGCUGAAGGAGACUAGCUCCUAUGUGUCUGGUGAGGUCACCAAGGUUCUGAAUGAAAUGAUGGAGUUGCUGUCAUCUUGUAGGAAUUAUGACAAUUACAGGCAGACCUAUAGCAAAUGUGUGGGGUUUAAAAUCCCCAUUCUGGGCGUCCACCUGAAAGACCUAAUUUCUGUCAACGAAGCCAUGUCUGACUAUGUGGAUGACAGUAAAGUCAAUGUUCAGAAGCUGCAAGCCCUCUACAACCACAUCAAUGAGCUAAUCCAGCUGCAGCAGACCCCCCCACGCCUGGAUGCCAACAAAGACCUGGUCCACUUACUAACGCUGUCACUAGACUUGUAUUACACAGAGGAUGACAUCUACGAACUGUCGUAUGCGCGCGAGCCCAAGAACUGCAAAGCACCGCCUGCCACGCCAUCUAGACCUCCAGUUGUGGUGGAUUGGGCCUCGGGUGUAGCCCCAAAACCAGACCCCCGGACAAUCAGCAAGCAUGUGCAGAGGAUGGUGGAUUCUGUUUUUAAGAACUACGACCAUGACCAAAAUGGUUACAUCUCUCAGGAGGACUUUGAGAAAAUUGCUGCUAGUUUUCCCUUCUCCUUCUGUGUGAUGGACAAAGAUAAAGAAGGGCUUGUGAGCAGGGAAGAAAUUACAGCCUACUUCAUGCGAGCCAGCGUCAUCUGCUCCAAACUGGGCCUCGGUUUUGUCCACAACUUCCAGGAGACCACCUACAUGAAGCCCACCUUCUGUGACAACUGCUCAGGAUUCUUGUGGGGCGUCAUAAAGCAAGGCUACCGAUGCAAAGACUGUGGCAUGAACUGCCACAGGCUGUGCAAAGACCAGGUUGCAUUUGAGUGCAAGAAGAGUGCCAAGGGAAGCAGUGCCACAGCCACUUCUACCCCAACUAACUCGAGCCUCCCUGGAGUGAGAGGUGGUGAGUCUGAGGAGGGAGCACAGUUCACAUACCACACAGAGGAGUCCACAGAGAGCAACGAUCAUACCAAAGAUUGGUGUCCCAGUUUGCCUGCUGUUGCCGAACAAGUACAAUUCCCAGGCAUCCACAAGGGUACCCAGACAGAGGGGAACAUGACCCCAUUGCUGUCUCUGUCCCUAUCUCCUAACUCCACCCCAGCACCUGUGCACCCAACCAGCUUGCUCUUGUCCCCUGGCACACCUACAAUCACAACUUGCCCCAGCCCGGUGCCUGUGCGCAAGAGGGCCUACGCCAAAUGGGAGAACCGAGCCUCCAUCGUUCAAAAGCCCCAGGAGCUUGAGGAGCACAACAAGCAGACUUAUGAGCAGCUUGAGAAGGAGAACCAGGAGCUGAAGAAGAGCAACGAGGCUCUACGACGGAAGCUGAGAGAGGCAGAGCGCGAGGUAGAGAUCCUGAAGACGUUGCUGAAGAGACAUGCACUGCACACUGUUGAAGAGGACUCCUCCUCGUAGCCAGAAGCACCUUGUGGUGGACAGUGGUCCCUUCCUACCGAAUCAAACCAAUCUCUGUAACAGGAAGACACAACACAUAAGAACAGAACCACUCACCCCUGAAGGGGAAGGACCUGAGGCUCUAUUCUGAGCGACAAAGCCAAGCAGAUGGAGGGUGGGUGGACAUGUUACACUGUCAGACAUGGCCACUAAGGAUGGGCUGGAGAGUCACCAGUACCACUCCACCUACCCCGUUGACGUGGUCCCCUGCUUCUAACGCUGUGUGUGUAACUCCAUCAAUGAGUACGGUGGAGAGCCUAUCUGUAGUGAGUAUUACAGUUUCAUUGGAGUCAUUCAACUGACCUGACCCGAUUUGGUGUCGUAACUGUGUAGUUUUUCACUUGUCGGCAUUAUUAAUGAACAGGAAUAAGGUUGACUAUUAUUUGUAUACAAAUAUAUACGUACACGGGUAGGACUGCCUACUUUCAGUAUUUAUUUGGAAAACACUACAAGGAAGAUGAUCUGAUGGAGAGAGUAUAGAGCAUAAUGAACAUAUUUAUAGCAGAAGUCAGUUACCAACAGAACAUGGGGGUUGUACAUGUUACAUCCCUCCUCUUUUACCUUUCAAGGCUUAAAGGAAAGAGCCAUGUCAUAUGAACUGAAAUUUUAUUUAUACCGUUUAAAAUUUUAUUUAUACAGUUUGGUUUGUCUGCUAUUUAUAGUAUGCAAUUCGGCUGUCAAAAAUACAAGAUUUAAUGAAAGGCAGUUAUUCACUGCAUUUGUACAAUUGAAAUACAGAGUGUAAAUAUUUUUCUUGUAUAUACUGGUUGUGUUAUUGCUUUAGAUUUCCUGUUUCCUGAUCUCGGUCCAAUUUAUCUGUGUUGUUCAUCACCCAGCAUUGUCUAAUAAAAAGCACUAUACAGGAAA